GGACUGGGGUCAACUGGGAGGCCCCGCCCACUCCCCCCAUUGGCCCCGCCCCCUCAGGCCGGAAGAGCGUCGCUUCGCCGUCUUCUCAUUGGCCGUGGGGCCGGACGGGCGGGAGGUGGUGGGCGGAGCCAACGACGGCUGCCUCUACGUCUACGACCGGGAGGUCCAACGCCGCAUCCUACGGGUGGAGGCCCACGAGGACGACGUCAACGCGGUGGCCCUGGGGGACGGCACGGGGGGGCAGCUGUUGCUCUCGGGGGGGGACGACGGGGUCAUCCGGGCCUGGGACCGCCGCUGCCUGGGGGAGGGGCAGCCCCGCCCCGUCGGCCUCCUGGCCGGCCACCGCGAUGGAAUCACCUUCCUGCACCCCCGGGGCGACGGGCGUUACCUGGUCUCCAACUCCAAGGACCAGACGGCCAAGUUGUGGGACCUGAGGCGACCGGCCGGGCCGGGGGGUUUGGCCGCCGCCCGUCGGGCCGUGGCUCGGCAGAGCUGGGACUAUCGGUGGCAACGGGCCCCCCCCCGAG